GGCUUUGCCGGCCUCACUAUGUCUGCCAUUUUUAAUUUUCAGAGUCGGUUGACUGUAAUCUUGCUGCUUAUAUAUUCCUGUGCUUAUAUCCCAUCCUUGGCACACAGCCUCCUGGACAGAAAUAAAACUGGAUUGUUGGGUAUAUUUUGGAAAUGCUCCAGAAUUGGUGAACAGAAGAGUCUUUAUGUUGCAGUAUGCUGUAUAGUGAUGGCCUUCAGCUUCCUCUUCAUACAGUAG